AUGAUCAGCCCGGAGCUGAGAGAAAAAUUGCAGUUGUACAUUUCCGCGUCAAUUCUGACAAUCGCAGCCGUCCUCUUGGCGGAAAGGCAAAAGCAACAAAGGCCAAUAUACUUUGUGAUCCACGUACUGACUGAGACCUCCGAAGUGGUCACAACAGCAAGGAAGUUGAAACCGUAUUUUGACGCGCACGUAAUACAAAUCCUCACAAAUCACCCACUGGAAAAAGCAUUGCAGAAGAUGGACGCAUCAGGCAGACUCUUGAAAUGGGCCAUCGAGCUUUCUAAGUAUGAGUUGGAGGUCAAGCCCAGGGAAGCCAUCAAGGCACAAGCCUUGGCAGAUUUCAUCGUGGAAGCCUGUUAUGAGGAGAAGGAAGAUGACGUUGGGAUCUGGAAGGUAGAAGUAGAUGGAUCCUCAGCCCAAGGAAGGAGCGGGGCAAGAAUCAUAAUGACAUCCCUAGAGGGAAAUGUAUUUAAGUGCGCCAUAAAGUUCAAAUUCAAAGCAUCAAAUAACGAGGCAGAAUACGAGGCAACGCUAGAAGGCCUGCGUAUGAGUAUCACAGCCGGAGCCAGGAAAGUCCAUCUACAAACUGACUCCCAGCUUGUCGCCAGUCAAGUGAAGGGGGCAUACGAGAUCAGGGAGCCCACCAUGUUGAAAUAUGUAACUAAAAUAAAAGAACUGGCAGCCCAGCUGGUUCACUUCCAGAUAGGCUUGGUCCCCAGAGCGGAAAACUCCCAGGCUAACGCCUUGUCAAAGUUGGCCAAUUCUACCCUGCAGAGCCUCACAAGGACGAUGAUGGUGGAAGUCCGAGAGGAAAGCAGCAUCGCCGAAAAGGAGCAGGUGAACUGCAUUGGGCAGCAGCAAGCUUGGUUCAUAGACAUUCUGGCAUACAAAGUUCAUGGCUCGCUUCCAGACGACGAAGUCCAAGCUAAAAAGGUAAAUAAAGACGCCAAUUGGUACGUGGUAAUAAACGGGGAGCUUAACAAGAAAGGCUUCUCGAAACCAUUGCUGAGGUGUAUUCCCGAGUGGGAGCAGGAAAGCAUUAUGGAAGAAGCCCAUUCAGGAAUAUAUGCCAACCACAUUGGUGGAAAAACAUAG